CAACUGGACAGUGAUAUGAUGUUGCCAAGACCAAAAACCCACCUAAACCUCUCCGGCGUCUGUCUUCCACAGUGGGACACAUAAACCAUGCGCGGUCGCAUGGACCUCCUCCCGCGCCUCCUCCUCCGCCGCCACGUCCACCGCCGCGCCAAACCAGCGUCCCCAUCGCCCCCUCCCCUUCCCCCCAACCCGCCGCGCCCGCCGCAGAAGCCCGAGCCCGUCUCCAUCCACGGGGAAACGUGGCACGACAGCUAUGCUUGGAUGGGCGCGCUCUCCGACGCCGCCGCCAUGCGCCACAUGGACCUACACAUGGAGGCUGAGGAGAAGUACGCCGAGGCCUGCCUCGCCGCUUGCGGCGCUGACCGCCUCGCCCGGAAGCUCCAGCUCGAGAUGGCCUCCUGCCUUGCCUCGGACUCGUGCACGCCGCCCGUCCGCUGGGGCCCUUGGCUGUACUACCGACGAGCGGACGAGGGCAAGCAAUACCCCGUGCUCUGCCGCCGCUCCGCCGCGCUCCAUAGCGAAUUCGUCUCGUACAGUGACCCCUCCGCAGGUUUCGACUUCACGGCUGGGAAGCGCAUCGAGCAGAAAUUGGUGGAUUACAACAAGGAGGCCGAGCGGUUCGGAGGAUACUCAUAUGAGGAGCUGUCUGAAGUAUCUCCAGAUCACAGGUUCAUUGCAUACACAAUGUAUGACAAAGAUAAGGACUCCUUCACUUUAAUGGUUAGGGACCUAGUAACAGGCACACUUCAUGAUAAACCCUGUGCUGACCGGGUGUCAAAUAUUUCAUGGGCUAUGGAUGGGAAAGCAUUGGUUUAUAUUGUUACAAAUGAGGAAAGAAGACCAUAUAGGUUGUUUUGUAGCAUGAUUGGAUCCAACAAGGAUGCCAUUCUCAUGUUGGAAGAACCUGAUGAGAAUAUUUUUCUAAAUAUCAGACAUACGAAGGAUUUUCGAUAUAUAACGUUAAAUGUCUUUUCAGAUACUCACUCAAAGGUGUAUUUAAUAAAUGCUUCUAAUCCCCUUUCCCAAAUGACGCUUGUAUGGGAAGGGGAAUCCCAAGUUCAUUGCAUUGUUGAACAUCAUCGUGGUCACCUUUAUUUGUUUACAGAUGCUGCAAGAGAAGGUGUCCCUGUUGAUUCACAUUAUAUAAUGCAGUCUGUUGUGGAAUCUUCUGGGCCAAACAGUUGGAAGAAUGUUUUAGUUGAGGAACCUGGUGUCAUUCUUGAAGAUGUUGAUUUUUGUGAUACUCAUAUGGUGCUAACUCUGAGACAAGGCAGAAAACUCAGACUUUGUUCAGUUAAAUUGCCUCUAACUGAAGAUAUCAAAGUACCUACUCAUCUAUCAGAUUUGCGUCCAAUUGACCUGCCUCUCCCCAGUGAUGUGUGUCAGAUUGUAUCUGGGCCGAAUUAUGAUUAUUAUUCCUCAACAAUGCGUUUCACGAUUUCAUCACCUGUGAUGCCUGAUGCUGUUGUUGACUACAACUUGCUGAACGGACAGUGGCAAAUAGUCCAACAACAAAACAUGCUUCAUGAGCGAACACGAGCACUAUAUGGGGCUUCUUUUGCUGCAAAUAUGGGCAGGCAAUCCUCAGAUAAAGCAGAUUUUUCAAAUGAUGAUUUUGUUGGUUGUGCUUGGAAUGAGCUCUCUGAAUACUAUGCUUGUGAAUACUAUGAUGUUCCAUCAAAAGAUGGUGUUUUGGUUCCAUUAACUUUAGUAUACUCGCGGAAGCACAAGCAAGAUGGAAAUCCAGGAUUACUUCAUGGACAUGGUGCUUACGGUGAAAUUCUGGAUAAACGUUGGCGCAGUGAAUUAAAAACUCUACUGGAUCGUGGUUGGGUGAUUGCAUAUGCUGAUGUUAGGGGUGGUGGAGGUUAUGGUAAGAAGUGGCACCAAGAUGGUUCACGUACCAAAAAAAUGAAUUCUGUAUAUGAUUUUGUUUCUUGUGGAGAAUUUCUUCUUGAAAAGGCUAUCAUACAAGAAAAUAAGCUUGCUGGAUGGGGAUAUAGUGCUGGAGGACUUCUGGUGGCCUCGGCAAUUAAUUGUCGUCCAGAUUUGUUUCGUGCUGCUGUUUUAAAGGUCCCUUUCUUGGAUGUUUGCAACACCCUUCUCCAUCCUAUUGUACCUCUUACAGCCAUUGAUUAUGAAGAGUUUGGGUAUCCCGUGGAUUAUGAGGAAUUCCUUGCAAUCAGGAAGUAUUCUCCUUAUGAUAACAUCCAGAAGGAUGUUCCUUACCCAGCUCUGUUUGUGACGUCAUCAUUCAAUACAAGGUUUGGUGUAUGGGAGGCAGCAAAAUGGGUUGCAAAAGUCCGUGAAUUUACUCAAUAUGAUCCAGAGAGGCCGGUAAUUCUCAACCUGACAACAGAUGUUGUAGAGGAGAGCAAGUAUUUGCAGACCAGAGAAUUAUCAUUGGAGACCGCUUUCCUCAUUAAAAUGGUCUGCAGUGUGUGAACAACAUGUGUCUUAUUAUUCUGAAUCAAACCCUGUUGGUCAAAUAUGGGAAGCUGAGGCAACAAUGUCAGUCCUCUCCAUCCUAGGCACCUGAGCUAUUUAAUCGAUUAAUUGGAGCUUUAUGAGCUUUUGCAGAAUUCAUGAAGAAUUUGUAUGUCCAUAUUUCCUAAAUCAUGAGGUAUCUCCAGAUGACAUGGUUUUAUGCCACUACUUACAAUAGUGGCUUGUGCCUAGUGGUAUUAUGCUCAUUUGUGAGUGAGUCCAGAUAUCCCGUGGAACAAGUCCACAAACAUACGGUUAUAGAGCCUCUACAUUAUACUGCAAUGAAAUGUUGAUACCCUCCAUGAUAGUAAAAGUUGCCUUUGUAUUUGGAAGCAUCCAACUUAAUACUAUUUAAUAGUAUCCGAGCAUGCACCGCUCCAGAGUCAGAACAGAACACAAAGCCAGCUUCUUGUUACAAUUGUAGGGAUCAUCAGUUGUAUGCAGGACCAUCCGAUUCUUACUGAUAUUUUGUCAGUAUGGGGAUAUGUUGCAAAUGUACCGCAGUCGUGUAAGCACGAUAUGUUUGAAGAUUCGGUUGGAAAAUAUUCAUCCUAUGCAAGUGAAUCUAUGGUACAGAUACGACUGCUCAAUGUUUUGAUGCUCA